UCCUAUUGUACAAAAGUUGCAUUUGAACAAAUGAAGGAAUAAUAAGCCCAGCGAAGUAGCUGAUCAGGUCCUUGUAAUAUUCUGCCGGUGUUGUAUUAUUAUUUAAUAUUAUUGAAUGAGUAUCGUUUUACUAUUGCAUCGUUGUGUCAGUACUGCGAGGCCUCAUGAUGGCAGACAGACCGUGUGACUGCUACAUCCGUGUUACACGAGCUUGCACGAUCCACUGAAGCCAUUGGGAUGGAGUCCGAUGAUAGAGGACAUGGGUCAAGACACAGAACACACGCAGAUUUAAAGCCACUCAAAAGUAAAGAGGACGUUAAACGUUUUCUAAAUGCAAUCAGAACAGACUUCCUGUCUACGGUGAACAGCAAGGAGUCGGGCCUGGAGGACAUUCUUGUUCAAAAUGGCGUCCUCAACUGUGACAGUGACGUCGAAUCGUUACGUCACUAUCCUACAAGGAAGGAUGAAUCGAGACGACUGUGGACAAUUCUGUGCUCAGUUGAUCACAAAAUCUUCAUUUCUUCGGCGCUGCCUGUGCUUUGUGACAAAUACUACCACAUCAUACCAAACAAGUUUUGGAAGGGACAAUCACAACCCAACGGCCGUGACAGCAUUACGUCACAGACCCAAGGGACAGCAUCAGAACAUUCCAACGAAAACACCUGCAUCAGGUGUGCUGCCAAACGGCGAGUUCGAGAAAAAGCCAUGCUUGACUUGCUCUAUGGUUGUGAAUUAAUGAGCUUUGAUGAAUACAGUAUAUACACAAGAGAGCCGUUGAAGCUGAACUGGGAUUUGAUCUUCACGACCGUGCAUAAAAUACACCCAGGCAAGGUUAAAAGAUUUUGUGGAAAGUUCCAGAAGCUACUGAAAGAUUACGCUCUGUCCGUCCCUGAGAAUCUUGAAGACUCCAUUAAAGAUGGUUUCCCGUGCACGUGCUUUUCACAGCCAGAAGUGAGCAGACGUGGGGGAGAAAGGUGUCCGGUCGACAACAGACGAAGACCCCUGGCGAUACUAUGCUGGUCACAAGUCCGGCAGACGAGGAUCCGAUGAGUCCACAGACACGAGUGUGUACCCCAAUUCUGAUGAAGAAUCUGAGAGCUAUUGCGGCUCGCGUACCUGUACCGUGCGGAGAACCACCUUGACAUCCAGUCACUUACCUGCUGGGAUGUCAGAAUCCGACAAAGAGAUCACCGAAGUCAUCAGUGAACAGAAGCUGGACAGUGAGAAUCUUGAUGAAACAACAGCAAAAUGUUUAACAGAAAACUGUAACCCGCCCCCAGACGACUUGUUGACAUCCGACAAAACGGAAGAUCGCAGACUAAAGAAGCGUCCGGCACUGAAAGAAGUCUUCAAAAGAAUGGUCUUGCGCAGAAACACUAAGAAAGGAAGUCAAACUGCCAGCCAAGAAUUAGAAUAUUCGUUUCCUGAGUGCACGUGUCGUACAGAAAAUGUGGAUGUUCCUGAAUCUGAAUUGCCAGAGAAUGAGACGGAAAUCCUCAGUGUUAUUAAAGAAUUGAAAGAUUUUCUUACAGAGAGUGAGACAGAAGACCCGGAUGUGACAGAAGAGCAGACGUCUCCGCCGUCGUCAGUGCCCAGCACGACUUCGACGAAAGGAUCGCCAACAGCUCUUGGCCCUCGUCGGAGGAAUGUGGUGUAGAGGAAACGAUGGACCUGAGCAUGGAAACAUCCGAGGAGACCGCCAUUUUGAUGGAGCUGUGUGACAUCGUGACCGGCAGAUUUUCUUCAAGUGAAGAAAUUAUUGAGCACCUGAAAACAUCUGAGGAGGGUGAAGUUGACUCAGGACAGCCACCAACCCUGACAGUCGCCAGACGCAAGAGUCUGCCAGGUCACUCCUGUGUAAUCCUUUGAGCAGAUCGCUGUUCUUUCUGAUGGGUAGGAUGUUUUUACAAUCUCUGACAUUUUACAUAAGGGUCAUCGACACAGGUGUUGGUGGAGAUUUCAUCAUUAAAAAAGAGUGGGUUCGUCGAAGUGAAUCUCCUGAAUGAACUCUGUUGUCAUGCAUAGUUCUUGUCUGAACUAAAUGUUUCCUCAUAUUUAUGAGCUUACAUGGUCGAGAAAUGUACCAUGGCAUGUGCUUCAUUCAUUUUUUUUUAAAUUUAUGAGCCGUUUUGCUUAUGCUUAUGAGCAUUAUGUAGCUUUCUUGUGUCUAUAAUACAACUUAUUGUCUCAUGGCAAAAUUAAUGUAUUUUGCUUCACGGCAAAUAAAAUAACUACGAAAAGGGAGUCUUCAAUAUUUAACAUUGACACGCUCAAAAAAAAUAAAA